GUUUCCUUCCAGGGCCGGUGGUGAUUGGCAGAGAGUGAGGCUGAGGAAUGUGAGAGGGUAUUUAAAGGAGAUGGGAAUCCAGUUCUUCUGUAGUAUCCAUCUCGUCUUCUCCAGCUUCAAGCUGAGCUGCUUUGCUUUGCAUCGCUUCGCUUCUUCGCAACACAGUCGGGGACAAACAAAAAUACUUUUAACGGCUCAGCUCUUCGGAGGAGAGAGAGAGAGAGAGAAAGACAGAGAGAGAGAGAGAGAGAGAGAGAGAAAAAAGAAGUUAAACGAGAUCUGUCGAAGGGCUCACUCAGCAGCUUCAGGAAUUUCAUUGCCACUUUCUUCCUCUCUCCCUCUCUCUCUCUCUCUCUCUCUCACUCACUCACUCACACGAAGGAGUUUUUUUUUCCGGGGGACAGACUGAAAAACUUCUGUGCCGGUCGUUAAAAUUACUUUAAAAAUGAAUUUACCACAAGGACUCUUUCUACUUGUAAUGAUUGCUGUCUGCUCAACCAUGAGGAUACAAGAAUCCGGAGCGGAUGGGGUUUUCGACCUCUUUGAUAUCACCGGACUCACUCGCAGGAAUCCUGGAGUGCAAAUGAUCAAAGGACCAGAGCGCAGCAGCCCAGCCUACAGGAUCCUGGACGCUGACGCCAUCCAACCCGCCUCACCCGACAGCUACAGCGACCUCAUCGAUCACGUUCACCAAGAGAAGGGGUUCAUCUUCCUGGCCACUCUGCGCCAGAUGAAGAAGAGCCGGGGAACCCUGGUGGCCAUCGACACCCUGGAAGGCAGGCGCGUUUUCGAGAUCAUGUCGAACGGAAAAGCCAACACCCUCGACCUGACGAUCACCAUUGAAGGUAAACAGAGCAUGGUGUCCAUCACCGAUGCCCACCUGGCCACUUUCCACUGGAAGAACCUCACGCUGUUCGUGCAGGAGGAUGUGGCCACCCUCUACGUGGGCUGUGAGAAGAUCAACCAAGUGGAGCUGGAGGAAGUCAUCUACAAGGUCCUGAAGUCUGGCAACUACAAACUCAGGCUGGCCAAAGGUGGAACAGGUCUUUCCAACAACUUCCAGGGACUCCUGCAGAAUGUGCGCUUCGUGUUUGGAACCAAUUUGGAAACCAUCCUUCUCAACAAGGGCUGCUACAGAUCCACUCGUGGGACUGUUACUUUACCAAUUGAAGGGUCUGAAAAGCCAGCUCGCAGAACUCAUUAUUCUGCUCACAAAACCAAGGAUCUUCAGACCAUCUGCGGUAUCUCGUGCGAGGAACUGUCCAACAUGUUCAGUGAACUUAAAACUCUCAGGAAGCUAGUGACUCAGCUGGUUGACAACAUCCAGAAAGUGACUGCAGAAAAUGAACUCAUCGCUAGUACGAUUGGAAUCAAACAGAUAGGGGGAUGUCUCCACAAUCAGAUGCUCUACAAAGAUAAAGACCAUUGGAAAGUGGAUAACUGCACAGAAUGCAGCUGUGGGUCAGCGGUUACCACUUGCCAAAGGAUAUCAUGCCCUACUGUAUCCUGUGCUAACGCUGUGGUUCCAGACGGAGAGUGCUGUGCUCGAUGCCCAUCAAUUCUAAAUGAAUCUGAAGCUGGCUGGUCUCCAUGGUCUGAAUGGACACACUGUUCUGUCACUUGUGGCAUUGGAACACAACAGCGGGGCCGCUCUUGUGAUCGGAUUAAUAGCGACUGUUAUGGGACUUCUGUUCAGACUCGCAGUUGUCAUUUGGAAGAGUGUGACAAGAGAUUCAAGCAAGAUGGUAGUUGGAGUUAUUGGUCCCCUUGGUCCUCAUGCUCAGUUACCUGUGGAUCUGGAGUCAUCACUCGAAUCCGCCUGUGUAACUCUCCAAUGCCACAAAUGGGUGGUAAAGACUGCACAGGAGAGAAGAGAGAAAAUGAGAAAUGCGAACAGAAGCCCUGUCCAGUUGAUGGAAACUGGGGUAUCUGGUCACCAUGGGAUUCUUGCACUGUCACCUGUGGUGGUGGAAUUCAGAAACGAACACGCCUUUGUAACAGCCCAGCACCAAAAUAUGGUGGCAAAAAAUGUGUGGGCAACACUCGUGAAACUCAACCAUGCAGUAAAUUAAAGUGCCCAAUUGAUAGAUGUCUAUCAAACCCAUGCUUUGCUAACGUCAAAUGCACCAGCUUCCCAGAUGGCACCUGGAAAUGUGGUGACUGUCCUUCUGGUUACAGAGGAAAUGGCAUUAAAUGUGAAGAUAUCAAUGAGUGCAAAGAAGUACCUGACACUUGCUUCAUUGUCAAUGAAGACCACCGAUGUGAAAACACAGAGCCAGGUUACCACUGUCAACCCUGUCCGCUACGAUACACUGGCAAUCAACCAUUUGGUAAAGGCAUUGAAGAUGCAACAAACAAUAAGCAGGUCUGUGAGCCACAGAAUCCCUGCAAAGAUAGGACACAUAAUUGCAACAAGCAUGCCAAGUGUAUUUAUCUUGGUAUAUUUAGCGAUCCAAUGUUCCGUUGUGAAUGUAGGCCUGGUUAUGCUGGCAAUGGCAUCAUCUGUGGCGAAGAUACUGAUCUAGAUGGUUGGCCAAAUGAAGAUCUUACCUGUGUAGCUAAUGCUACUUACCACUGCAAAAAGGAUAACUGCCCAUUCCUCCCCAACUCUGGUCAAGAAGACCAUGAUAAAGAUGGAAUUGGUGAUGCCUGUGACAAUGAUGAUGACAACGAUGGCAUUCCAGAUGAAAGGGAUAACUGUCCAUUCCUGUUCAAUCCUCGCCAAUAUGACUACGAUCGGGAUGAUGUUGGAGAUCGUUGUGACAACUGCCCCUACAAUCAUAAUCCUGAUCAGGCAGACACUGAUUCAAAUGGAGAAGGAGAUGCAUGUGCUAUAGAUAUUGAUGGGGAUGGCAUUCUCAAUGAGAAGGACAAUUGUCCCUACUUGUACAAUGUUGAUCAGAGAGAUACAGAUUUAGAUGGUGUUGGUGAUCAGUGCGACAAUUGCCCACUAGAACAUAAUCCAGAUCAGGCUGAUUCUGACUCUGAUCUUGUGGGAGACACGUGCGAUAACAAUCAGGAUAUUGACGAGGAUGGUCACCAAAACAAUUUAGAUAAUUGUCCCUACAUUCCCAAUUCUAACCAAUUGGACCAUGACAAAGAUGGCAAGGGCGAUGCCUGUGAUCACGAUGACGACAAUGAUGGCAUCCCUGAUGAAAAAGACAACUGUAGGGUGAAAUUCAAUCCUGACCAACUUGACUCUGAUGGUGAUGGGAGAGGUGAUGCUUGCAAGGACGAUUUUGAUGGAGACAACAUACUGGAUAUAUAUGAUGUCUGCCCUGAAAACUUUGACAUCAGUGAGACUGACUUCCGCAAAUUCCAGAUGGUCCCAUUGGAUCCAAAGGGAACAUCCCAAAUUGAUCCCAACUGGGUGGUUCGACACCAGGGCAAAGAGUUGGUGCAGACUGUUAACUGUGAUCCUGGUAUUGCUGUAGGAUUUGAUGAAUUCAAUUCCGUGGACUUCAGUGGCACUUUCUUCAUUAAUACUGAAAGAGAUGAUGACUAUGCUGGAUUUGUGUUUGGAUACCAGUCCAGCAGUCGUUUCUACGUGGUCAUGUGGAAACAGAUCACACAAACAUAUUGGCAUGAAACACCAACCAAAGCACAGGGCUAUGCUGGACUUUCCAUCAAGGUGGUGAACUCUACAACUGGUCCAGGAGAACACUUGCGUAAUGCUCUGUGGCACACUGGGAAUACAAGUGGACAGGUCCGCACUUUAUGGCAUGACCCUCGUAACAUUGGAUGGAAGGACAAGGCUGCUUACAGAUGGCAGCUCACACACAGACCCAAAACUGGAUUCAUUAGAGUUGUAAUGUAUGAGUCAAAGAAAAUCAUGGCAGACUCUGGGGCUAUCUAUGACAACACGUAUGCUGGUGGACGAUUGGGACUCUUUGUCUUCUCCCAAGAAAUGGUUUACUUCUCUGAUCUCAAGUAUGAAUGUAGAGAUUCAUAAAGUCAGCGUUACUGGAAGUGGAAAUAUUCGAAAGAAAGCUGGUCUUGCACCUUGUUAUUUUCUUGAAACCAAUCCUGGACCAUUGUUUUCUUCUUCCUUUUUUCCCCUUUUGUUUGUGGGAUUCAAGCACAUGACCUGUAUCAGCUGAUAAAACUCACUGGAUGCUAUCGACAGAAAUAAGCAAUAAGUCUGCAAAGAAAAAUGACUCACCACGUCUUAAUGUACUGUAGUCGCUCAAUUUUGCUUCUGAAGAAUGGAAUUCCCAGACACCACAUAAAUACACCUCUGUUGAAUCUGGAAAGAGCUUUACUCAGCAAGUUAUUUGUCAUUUCAGUCCUACAUUUCCUUAGCUGGAAUUCCCAUGGAUGGAGAUUGCACACGGUUAACAAGACCAUUUCUGCUGUGGACACAUUUUUUUUGUUAUAUAAAAACACAAGGGACUUAUAUGGUGAAAAGAUAACUGAAGUUUGAAGUGAACAGAAUAAAUAGAAUUUACAAAAGGGUAGGGAAAGGAUUAUGAGAAUUUUUCUUGUAACUGAAAGACAUCUGGAAAAAAUGAAAGAACUGUUACCUUUUUGUACUGAACCGUAUAUUUUGUUUUUUUGUCAAUAAAUUAAUACUACUCACCAAAAGUGCAUAUAGUAGCAGCAUUAUAGCUAGUUGAUUCCAUACAGAGUGAAAACCCAAUUCCCUGCUAUAAGCACUCUUAUGACCAAUCCCCCCCAACCCCGUACCAGGCAGUGCUCUGGAUAUGUGCUGACCAAACUAGGCCAGACCCAAAACAUGAGGAAGAUCAGGUCCAAUCACAGUUCCAAUAGUAUAGCACAGUUAGCUCGUGCUUUUAUUCCAAAUGAAGCUAGUUUGAUCGUACCAAGAAUGGAGGAGAAUCCAGAGAGCACUACCACCCUGUUCAGCAUCUGUGUUGACCUCUUUGGAAAGGGUAUUUGCUUUAAAUACUGCGAUUAAAAAGGCACAAGCAGACCAUUGAAAGAAUGCCCUUCUCUUUAACUAACAUUUGCCAAAAUGGCAAAUUGUUCUGACUGUAGAUAAAACAAUUUUAAUAUCAGAAAUUAUUUAUUUUCUUAUCCUGGAUGAUUUAUGGAUUGAAGGACACUUUAAAAAGAAAAGCGGCAGACUAUCCAUGAGAGUUUUUAUCACUAGUCUUUGUGUGCAUUGUAAGAUUGUAAAUAGAGUGAUUAUUUAUUAACAUUUGUUCUAUAUUGAUGCUAGGUAGUUUUAGGUGUUUUUUCAUUUGAAAUUUGUGUCCUUGUUUGCAAAGGGCACUUCAAGAUGAAGCUGAAUGUGGGUGAGUCUGUAAUCAAUAUGUUAUUCAGGCUACUGUGUUUCAGCCCUGCAGAAAGCUUCACUCUGCCAGUUUCAGUUAACCUUCAGAAGAGCCUAGAAACUGUUUCCUACAACCACAGGUGCCCUUGGUACAAGUGGAUCUAUAUCUUUUCCAAAAAGUGAAAAAGGUGAAACUUCUAUGUACAAAUAUUACCUCAUUGUUGUGUGAUCAAGAAGAACCUUUGGAUCAAGCAGCAGAAAACCUUCGUCACGUGUCUAAAGUACCCUGAUGCUACUGUAGUAUAAAAAGGCUUUGUACAUAGUCAAAAAUUUAUUUUUGCAGAAGAAAAAUGUAUCCCCAAUAAGGAAAUGGCAUUGAAAACAUUUUUGUUCUAUGCUGCCAUGUGUUUCUUUUUCUUCCUAGCUUCUUGUAUGUCACUGCUCAUUUUUAAAUAAAUUAUUGUUUCUCAGUUGCAACUUGUAACAUUAAACAGGUAAACAAAUCUCAUUAUUUUGUAGAUACCCUAUUUAAGUAAUUUAUCAGGAAAUGCUACCUAGAGAGUUAGUGUUUCUGUCUGUAUGAAACUUUUGCACACUGAAUUGAUGUUGCUUUUUUACAUACUGUUUAUCAUUAGCAAUGCUUUUUGUACACCUUUCUAACCAUUUUACAUUUAGAGCUGUUCAAGUCACGCAGUGCCAUUUGUAACAAACAUGAAAUGACAAUAAAAUGUAUAGAAACCUGUA